UCCCUCGCGACGAGAGAGAGCUCGCUCCAAGUUCCUUCGGCCUCGGCUGUACGCUGUUGACUCUUCCCUUUUCUUCCUCUUCCUUUUCUCUUUUUUUCCUUCUCUAUCUUUCUCUGUCUUAUCCCUUUUCCUCCUGCCGAUCGUUCACGCGAACGAGAUCGCAUCCGCGUUCGCGCGCGUGCGACGCUUCGCUCCGGUAUCGGCCGGAGUUUUCCGGAGCCGGCCGCGUGUGUGCUACGACUUUGGAAAUUUAGAGGAUCAGCAAACGAGAACCCCAGGAUAGUAUUUUCGCCAUCGCCGUCGGCGAUUGUUGUCAGAUGGGAUUUAACAGAGUCGUGAUUGACGAUCUAUCAAACAUGUUACGCCUCGUGAGCCUUCUAUUUCUAUGUAUCGCUGCUACGUACACACCUGGACAAUGCGAGACAGAGGCAUCGCGAGAUGUCGAGCAUGCGAGACUGCCAGAGUUCCUCACGGAAUUGGACCUGUCGAGUCUUGAGGCAUCCGAAGAAGACGUCGAAGCACUGAAGAAAAUCGUGAAAAGGCUGGCGCCCGAAAAGAACGGCGAGUACCAAGUUUACCAAGUCUUCUUCGGUAACGAGGACCUUCUCAAGGAGUGGCUCAAAGGAGCGGGCGUGACGGGACAGCCCGGAGUGGAUUAUCCAGCCCUCACGUCGAUUCCAACCACUUCAUUCAGCUGUCGCGGUCUGAGAGGGGGAUAUUACGCGGAUUUAGAGACAAAUUGCCAAGUAUUCCACAUCUGCGACAAUGGACGUAAGAUCUCGUUUCUGUGUCCCAACGGCACGAUCUUCCAACAAUCGCAACUUAUAUGCGACUGGUGGUUCAAAGUGGACUGCAGCAAGUCCACAGAGUUGUACGAGCAGAGUGUCGAGCAACUGGCCGAGGAAGAGAAGAAACGUGCGGAAGCGAGAAAGAUGAAAUCCGAGUUUCAUCGCGAAGCGGAGGAACAAAAUAAUGCGGAUUAUUACGAUAACGUCGACUACGAUGGCAGACAAAAUGGUAGAAUGAAUCCGUACGGAUCCACCGACAAGCAGAAUCAGAUUUCGGAGACAAGACAGAAUGAACCAAAGUCUAAUCAACACUUCGGACCGAACAACGUUUUCGAGAAUACCCGUAGUUCUGGUCGAUUCCAAGAGAACAAUGCGAACGCAUUACGAACUAACGAGAAAACGAGUCAGAUGCCCGAUAAUUACGACCAGCCGUCGAAACAGCGACAAUAUCAUGAUAGCGGAUCGAAUUAUCAGGCGGUCAAUAGACAGAGAAAUCAAUUGGAUACUCAGAAUAGCAAAUUCAAUUACGAGCACAACAAUAAGUUCCAGGAUAGUCGGCAGAAUUAUCAGUCAAAUCAGAAUACGCCGCGCAGCAACGACAAGCCAGCGUUCAAUCCGAAAUCGCGAACUUCGACGCGAAACAAUCUGUUCGGUUCCAACCAAUCACAAAAAGCUACACCGACGUACAUGGAGACGACAACCUUCAGAACUACAACUGCGGCGCCUCCGAAGGAAUACCAGCAGUUUGCGGAAAGCGCCGCAUUUGUGUCCAACCGGGGACAUCGCUUCAACUCGGGCAAAUCCGAGAACACUCGACAGUAUUAUUACCAUUCAUACGAUUACCGAGAUCAUACCACUACUGCUAGCUACAGCGAUCACGAGACGACCACCUUAACGCCACAGAGGAACAGAGAGAGUGAGACGGUAUCCUUCACACCCAAGACGGGUGCUCCGCCAUACCCCGGUCCCACAUACACUCCUAUCUAUAAGCCUAGGACAACGACGUUGCCACCUUAUGAAACAACAUUACAGUACACGCCGACCACCGAAACGUCGCACUAUAGCACUCCUUACUAUAGGCAAGAUGAUGUUCCAGAAACUACUUACACUAAUGCUGACACCACGACGGUGACAUCGUUUCCCUCCGCAGAGGAAUUCCCAACUAUGUCUAGCUCGCGAACUUCUCCUGCUGUAGGAAGAAUACCACCAGCCUCCGGGAAUUAUCAAAAUCAACAGUAUAUUGAUAACAGGGUAACUGAACAGAGAGACACUGAUACUUCUUUCGCGACUACGCGUCCAUACGUGAAUACAGAAAGCUAUCGGCACAACUCUGCUAACGUCACUUCAAUCGUCAGUCAAGAUGCAUUUCCCACGACCAAUGUGCCAUGUUACGAUGAGUGUCAUGGGCAAACCUACCGCGCCAAUUAUCAAAACGAGAAUAGUAUCACGAAUAUCGAAAACAAAGGUACGACGGGAGAUCCUUGGCGUGCGACUUUGCAAAGCUUCCAUCAGAAUUCAAUCAGCUCGACCGAGAAGCCGUGGAGAAGCACCAAUGGUUAUCAGCAGAGCGGAUCUACUAGUAAGACUUUAAGUCCUUAUGACACCAGUUUUACCUACAAACAAGGGAAAGUGUUGUCCACUUUAGGCCCAUACGUACCUUUCACUAAAAACUACGUUUACUCUACGAUGACUACUACACCGACGCCGAAACCACCGACCACUAUGCCGACAUACAGUUCCACUCUGACAAAUUAUCGCAUCACGGCCAGCAAUCUGAUACCCAAGGUGAAAUCGUCGCCUCCGGCAACGAGCAAGCCCAAAGACAGAGCGACUUAUUUACCUGAGGUUGGCAGCAAACCACCACCGACUUUAGAAGAUAGACCUUACGCUGAACGGGAACACGCGCUCAGCAUGUUGCACUCUCUUCAAGGUUUAGAAAAUAAUGGGGAAAAUCUAAGUGAAAUCGCGAAGGAUGGAAAUAGUCGAAAUGGACCCUCUGCUCCCGGUCCAUCCACUUUGCAUUCGUUAGCUCUAUACUUUGCCACAGCUGGCGACAAUCUCGACUCCAAUGAGACUAUCGAAUCUACCGCAAGUGCCGAGGAAGCCGAGAGUAGAGAAGGCAAUUACUCGCAUAAUGUGUCUGUCGAAUUACCGACCAGCAUUCUCACACAACACACCAUCUCGUCGUACGUUGAGUUGUUCAAUCUAAAUAAUGCGCUCGAAGGAAACGCCACAAUGACUGAAUUUACGUCGGAAGCCGAGGAUCUUGAUGGCGAGAUAAAUGACGAUCUAGAGAUCGAACAGAGCGAGGGUCCAGUGAACGGCGCGAAGAGAUCGAAUAACACGAAGCUGCGCGAACUGGCUCAGGUCUUUACUCAUGCUCUAUCGGCAUAUCUACAGGAUCCGGAAACCUUUAAGAAGGUGCUCACAGAGAUCAGGCCCACGCAACCCCCGACGACGACCACCGAUGAUGAUCAGUUUGAAAUGACGACAAUGUAUUCAACUACUGCGGAAGAGUAUGCAUCAGUGACUAAGGAGAAGGAUGAAGUCCUGGAUUUUUCGGACGAUACCGACGUUACCAGAAGGCGUAAACCAACCACCAUAUUCCCCACUACCUUACAACCACCUAUCACCACCGAUAGAUCGUAUUCGACUUACUACACGACGCCGUAUGAUGAAUAUACAACUUUAGAGAGCCAGACGCGAAGGCCAAUUUACUAUCCAAGUUCGACGUUGUUACCGCCCAGUGCUUCAUCACACGAUUCGAGAGAUUAUGUCGAAUCAUCAACACAGGGUGGUAAUACGUUUGCCUUCGAAGUGAAUCGCGUUUUUACUACUACUAUGAAUGAUAUUCAAAAUUACGAUAGCGAUACGAGGGAUACGACAGAUUUGUCAUCGGUCUACGACAAUUAUUUCCCAUUGGACGAGUACGAAAAUAGAAAUAAGAUCGGUGGCUUUCAAAAUAACACGGCAAGGACCUUCCAACCUUAUGGUAAAAAUGUCAAACCGAUUGGCGCUACACCUAUAAGCAAUUACGUGGCGUCGUCGACGAUGGCAUCUUUUGUGAAUUCUGGGAAAGGAACGACUUCAUCUAGCAGGGGUAGAGGCUCGGCCGGUGAUAAACCCAUUCAAAAUCUCACACCGCCUCCUUAUCAUCACCAUUUCGGUAAUGUGAAGAGUUUCACCGCGUCAAAUAGCAUUCUGCCGAAUCAGGUGGUGCGCUCAACGACGCCUCUAUCGAGAAGCAAACCCUCCUAUCAGACCGUCAGCACCACCGUUCAACCAUUCAGGAUACGUUACUACGAAUCAACGACAGCGCCGUCCGAAUCUCUUGCCACAGCUCGCAGUUCGUACGCGAAGUUCAGAAACAAUUACAAGUUGGAAAGUAAUCACAGAGAAGGUACUCGCAAGCCUUUAGCGACAACGACGGCAACGACAAUUCGGAACAACAUGGAGACACUAGAUCCCAUUACUGCGACCAUCAACGACGCUACUCCAUAUACUGCUACUGUUAUUCGCGCUACUAAUAAUCCGACGGAUGCCUCGACCACGAGACAUUCCAACCUACUGAAUGAUGAUCAUUGGACUUCUUCGCCUAUGGUCACUCAGCUCUGGGAAACAACGGUGUUCGUAGAUCCUCAACAUAUUAAUCACGGUCUACAAUCGAACGUUGGCACUACUCAGUUGCCUGACACAACUGAUAAUGCUAUUAGUGAAGAAUCAGAAUCCACUGCGAGUACUGCAAGAUCGUCGAAAUUGUCCUCUGUAGAUCCCGACGUAACAACGGAAUCACGAACAACCAGCACACCGAGUCCUUGGCAAUGGGCGACGAGCGACAACGAUCCACCCGUAACGUUUACUCUGUUACCGACAACCUUUACCGCAGAAAACACGGCGACGCCAACUCCAAUUAUCACGACGCGAUCGAGCAUAACGACCACGAUUACUUCCUCGGUGACAUCAACCAAUGCCGUCUCCCGGGACAAUUUGGCAUCCACUUUGCUGCCACUUGCGCACGGCAAUGCGUUGAAUGCCACCGAAAGCGAAGUGAUCAAGGCGCACGAGAUGUUCGGUAACUUGAACGAGACGAGCUCGAACACACUGAUGCGAGUGAUGAAACAGGCUGAUAACAAUGCAACGGUAAGACAAUUAGUUUUAUUGCUGAUAAGCCAUUGCAAUGGUCCCAGAAAUAAGACGAUGGAACAGGAAAAGGAACAAUUGUUGGAUGCACUUCUGAGAAUGCCCGUUAAUGAAUUCAGUUCGGAAGAAUCGCGAGAAAUCAUCGCUGGCAUCAACAGACUUAAUUUUUCGAUUCCUAAACCACGAUCGGUUGUUUUAUUGAAUUCCACGACGAUAAGGACUCCUCGAGCAUCGUCUACGAGACCCACGCCAUCUUCACCAUCUGUCACAACAUUCCGCAGUAGGACGGGACGAAAAUUCCGUACGACCACUGAGAGUGCCAAAGCUUUUGCUAGAAGAUCAGAUGACGCUGUCUUGGAGACGAAUAAUUCUUUGUCGGAGGCUACCGCUUCUGACAGCCGAGCUCUCGAACUUCUCAGGUCGCUUUACACGGUAGCCGCUAAAUGGGGCUGAGAAGCCGCACAAUCGACGACCGAUCGGAACUACGCGCGCGUCGGAAGACUCGCGAGAUGAAGAUCUCGCUGGAGUAUCAGAAGACGUCCACCUGUCAAUACAUCGGAGUAGAUCGUUGCUGUCAUCCAUCAUUGUGUCACUCCGUCUAGCCUAAAUUCGAGGAUUCAAGCUCCGAACGGUGAAUCGGUUUUGAUCUUGGCCCAUGAAUCGAUGUCCAUGAAUAAACAGAAUAAACCUGCUCUGCGUUUCUUCAGGAGAGAUACGGAACUUCUUAUCAAAUAUUCUCAUUAGAAGUCAACAACAUUAAAUUAUUAUUAAUUCUAGAAUUCCUAUUGAAUUUGGCUGCUAUAUUAAUACAUUUGCAUGCAAUAAUCGGAAAAUUAGAUUUCGAGUCGAAGAUUGGCUUCUUCGAACUUAGAUCGAUAACGCUGCUGCAAAGUUUGAUUUAACUUAGGGCCGAGAUUGACACCUGCGCUUGCGGAUAUUAAACAGAUUGUGUAACGAUCGAUUUCGGACAUGUAAAUCUGAGCUGCGGCUGCUUGAUAUCCGCGACCGAGCAUAACUCGUAUCGGUUAAUAUGCGGAGUCCCGAUCGAUCAUCGAUCGAUAAGAUCGCAAUAUAAUAAUUAACCGGCUGUAGUCCGACGUUAAGAUUAUGUAUUGCUCGCCGUCCUUUUUAUUAAGAAUAAAACAUCGAUCGCCUCGUAACAUCGGCAACUAUUACUUGAAGAAAAAAAAAACGCCUGCCAUACUUCGUCCCUCCUGUUCAUUGACUUGCGUGAACGCUACACUCAACUUAACUCUCUCCUAUCUAUAAUCAAAGAAGUUCGCACAUAUUAACAAGGUAAUUUUAUAUGCGUUUCACUUGUGUUUAUCAUGCAAUGAUAUAAUAACAAAGUUUCUCUAAAUGCUUCUUCUUUAUGUAAUUUUAUGAAUUAUUAACUGACUAUAAUCGUGUUACAUAGCAUAAUCUUGUGCUAUGCUAGAUGCUGUCCAUAUGUAGUAUCUGUGUUUAGAAAAAUUCAUUUUAUUAUUGGAAAAUAAUUUGAUAAACAAUUUUUAAUGUUUUGAUUUUGAAAUCUUCUGAAUGUAGUUAGAAUAUAGAUACGACUACGUAUUUGAAAUGAGAAGCGAAUUUUAAUUAUUGAUAUAUAGAAUAUGAGGGAUCUUCUUUAUUACAUUAAUUUUUUGUAUUCCUAUAAUAGUAUAUGUACUUGUGUAAAACAAUGAUUGUCUUGCAUGCCGAUGUAAAAAGGGGGUAAACAUUUUGAUACGUUCGCGCUCAUCUUGUGUUGCCAGGUACAUCGUUAAAUUGCAACUCGUUUUCGUUAAAUUGCAUGCGAAAUUGACAGAAUGUGAUGGCACAUGGUGAAUUGCACCGUGUAUACUUAUGGUUAUCCAUUCUGGUUGGACUCUACGUGACACAAUUUUAAUCCUUUCUUUACGUAUCUUCCCCCAACGAGAUCACUAUUAUCCUUUUUUGAAAUAAUUUCCGAGCGAUAUUAAUUUUUACCGGCAGCAUUUAAUUAAUACUCGGCGGAAACGUACGUAUUUCCGUUCCAGCCGAAAACUAUUCAGUAUUAAAAAAAGACUCCCUAGAAGGGAUCCGCUCAGCUUUCCGGCGGAUCAUGCGAAAUUAUUUAUUUGUUUUCGCUAUGUUGCGAUUCCUACGUACCUACGGCUAACAGUAAGUUACUUAUAUCUUGAAAUUACGGUGUUGGUAACAUUCUCUUUCAUUUGGGCAGUUUCGAGGUCGGCGAUGCGCUUCCGUUGCGAUCCCGAAACGUCCAAAUGGGGUUUCUAGGUCAUUAUUUAAGUACGCGAGUUAGCGUGUAGUUGUGUAUCUACUUUAUGUAAUAUAUCUUUGUACAGUAUGUGAAUAAAUAUAUACAGGGUUUUGUUUAGCUA